GGUACGGUAAGUCAGCACGCACUCAACCCUCCGGGAUAUUUUCCUACCAGGCGCCAUCCAAUGUGUUCUGGACGCAUGUUGUGCUGUUCUUGGGUUGUGUUUACACUCGUGUAGCCUUGAAAACAACCCGCGUCUGGGGGAUUUAUGGAGGUGGUCUAACUUCUGUCAUCGUGCUCAAGUCGGUCGCCAAACUUUUUCGGUGGGAGAGCCACUCGUCGGGAGGAUCAAACGGAAACCGCCGGCAGCCAUCGGACUUCCACCAAUGCAGGGGCUGCAUGAGAAAAAAUGUAAGGUAUAAGGGGAACAACCCAGUGCAGCAGAAUGCCAGUGAACAGGGAUGAGGCUUUCCCCACAUACACAGGAACACUUGGAGGUAACACAGGUGGACAAUGCACUGCGAGUGCAGGCAGAUGAGCCUCACCUGGUCAGUCUUGGCAGUGGUCGUCUGUCUACAGCUGUGACCAUCCUUCCUCUUCCACCAGGGAUUACAAAAAUAGGAACACGCCAUGCUGCAGAACAUCAGGAUAUCAUUAUUGAAGGCACGGGAGUAGGGGACCAUCACUGCUACAUAGAAAAUAUAAAUGGAGUCAUCACACUUCAUCCCAUUGCUGCAAUGUGUGCUAUUGAUGGAAAGAUGGUCAUACAACCCACAAGGCUUGCACAAGGUUCGAUGGUGGUGCUUGGCCGGUCCAACUACUUUCGUUUCAACCACCCGCAAGAGGCGAGAAAAAUCAAGGAUGCUAUGCAGCCCAACCAUCGUAUAUCCUGUGUUCCGCUUAAUUUUCUGCACGAGCUGGAAAGCAAUCCAGACUACGAUAAGAUGAUAUCAGAAGCUGAACAUCAGCGCAUGUCCCGAGGAUCCAGUGAUGGCUCCACUGGCUCUUCCCGCAGUGCAGAGCAUCUAGAGAGUGAAGACUUUGUCAACAAGGUUUGCAAGUUCGAGAUGAUGUCCCGAGGAAAAGUCACCUCACCAACGGUUAAAAGUCCACCAGCAGUGGCUACGGGUGGGAAGCUUCCUUCUUACUUUGGUGAAAAAGUGUUCUCUCGUGACACAGCCACAACGCGUGUGCCAGCAAGUGUGCUGCACAGUGCUGGUGACCGUGUGAUCAGCACGUGCAGUAGUGUGUCUUCCAAUUCUCUGACAAGUGUUUCCACUCUAAGCUGGAGCUCCGACUCAUCAGGAAGCAGCCGCUCGCUUACCUCCCCUCCUGUCACCCCACAAGGGACUCUCAGUCCUGGUUACUCAGGAGCAUUCUCACUCCUCUCACCCCAAGGCCACAUGCCGCAGGGAUUUGUAACUCUUGGAGAUCGUCGGCCUGAUGGCCGAGGCGAACCUCCACCUGUGGUGAUUCGUCCUGCUGGAGACAGCAUACAUCACAUCUCGUCCAGACCAGGCAUGGUAAAUGGGGAUUCUUCCACCUCAAGAGAAGGAUUUGGAAGUAUACAUUCAAAGGAAGGAUCAUCAGUGUCUUCGUUAAAUUCAUUGUCAGUAGAUGACUCAGGCACAAAAUCCAGCAACCGAAAUACGUUUGAAGGAAUGGAUUUUGAUUUGAGCCAGAUGACAGAAUCGGAACAGGAGCUGGCUCGCAGACAUCGAGAGAUUGUUGCCGAAAGGAAGAGAGAUCAAGAACAAGAAAGACUAGAGCGGCAAAGGUUGGAAGAGAUUCUACGUUUGUGUGCCGAAUACCAGCAGGAGGUAGAGUCAGGAAAAUCAGGUGCAGAACCUUUAACAAGACCAACUAAUGUUGUUACUUCUACGACCACCAGCUCAAAUUUAAGCAUGCCUAAUACAAAACAUCCUGCUUCUCCCUCGAGCGCUUUGACUUUGCUAGGAGGAGAAGUGUUUGAAAAAGAUCAGAAAGUUUUAAGAGAUGAUCAUGCACAAAGAGACCCUCAAGCCUGUGAAGGAGAGCGCAAGACAGCUGGUGAUCAUUGGAAUAAUGUGACCAAAAUUAAGACCAAUGGCUCUCUGAUACUGUCGUCUCCGAGCCAUACCCACAAGGAGGGUCUUUUCAGCUAUCAAAUGCGAAGGUGCGAGUCAAACUCCUCCACCUCAGAGGAUGAAAUGCUUGGCAGUUCAGAAGAUACUGGAACCAUCAAACGCCGUCCACAGCAUCCAGACCUCCCCGAGGAGCUUACUCCCACCGCUGAAUCCCCCAAUUCUGUUAACAUCUUCUCUAAAGUCAGUGUGCCUUCUGAUGGUAAAGCUGACCUUGUGCCUGUUCGAAUGGCACUGAUGUGGUUGAUUCUUCAAGUGUCACUCCCAGAUCAUCUAUUUAUUUAUCAGGGCAAACGCAGAAAGAUGUCAGUGUGGCUUCUGUGUCUUCCGUUUCUAAGGAUAGUCCAGUGUCUCCUGGACAGAGCCGCCUGGAUGAAAUUCUUAAUUCUUCUUUUGAAGCUGAGCGUGAGGCUGCAGAAUUUGGAGGUUAUGGAAAGUUCAGUGUGCAGCUUAAUGCGCAAGUUUCAAGAGAUGAUUCCCAAGAAUGGGAAGACGAGGAAGAUAGUGUGCACAGUGUCAGCAAGAGGAGUCACUCUUCAACUUCUUCUAGCAAAGGGAGUCACUCCUCUGCUUCCUCUUGCCACACCCUUCAAGACCACUCACCAGAAGUCACUGAUGGUAAAGAAGGCACACCCACACAUGAACAGCGAUUCUGAACAGGUGGAUGUGGAAGUCACAACUAGGGUGGUACAGGAUAAAUACAGUGUGUUUGAGUCUUCAUCAAGCAGCAUUCCUGUCCUCAACACCAGUGGUCACCUCAGACAUGCUGAGGUGACUGAGCUGAGCAGGCAGCAAAAUGAACUGACCAAACAGCUGGAGAGCUUGAAGAAAACCAAGUCAAAACUUCUGCAAAAGAUAGCAUCACUCAAGCAACAAAUCUCCGACAUUGAGACUCAGGAAAAUGAAGCAAUCAGAGAGUUGGAGAUGGAGCGAUCACUGCUUGAAGGAGAACACAAGACAGAAAUGGAGCAGCUGCAGGUUGACCAAGAACACAUCAAUGUCCUUAAACAGCAGCAGCAUGAUCUACUGGAGAACGCUGCACGCCAAAGAGAAAAGGAACAGCGGGCAAUUGAGCGGGAACGAGAGAAGCUACUUAUGCUGGAAGAGCGGCAGCAUCAGCUUUUGCAGCAGUUGAGGAGUACUCCUAAAUCCAACCACCAGCACCUCUGAACUGGCCACUCUUCGGGAAAGCCUACAGCGCGUGAACUUGAAAAUCAGCGCCGCAUCUUUGAUGAUUUGGAAUUUCAGCAACUAGAGGCAGAAGCAAGAUUUGAGGAGGAGAAAGAGAGGAUAAGUCACAAGCUUCUUCAGGACCAGACUCAGCUUCUGGUCAAGUAUAAAGCCCGGGAGGACCGUCUCCAGCAGAUCGACACUCAGCAGCGAGAAAUGCUCAACAAUGUCAAAAGCUCACUAGAGACCCUUGAGCAAGAGCGACUUAAACUGACAGAUGUUUUCAAAAAGGAAAAGCAGGCCUUGGCGGAUGUGCAAGCAGAGAUAGCAGAGGUGUCCCGCAUGCUCUCCCUCCCCGACACGGACCCCAGCGAUGACCCUUCCGCCUCCGCCUUCGAUUGUGAACUAGAGGACCAAGGCGACAGCAGUUCGCGACAUCUGCUUGUUGUGGAUGCAGUGGGGGUCGUGCGUCGCCCUGCGUCAGACACCUCGUCGGACGCUCGCAACAUUCUCCUCAGCAGCAGCAGCCUGUCUGACUGUGGCAGUAGUGGUAAGGAGGAGAGGAAAAAGUCCACCACUUUGCUGGAAAUUGAGCGCAAUAGAUCACUGUUCAUCGAGCAGCAAGGUGGCUUCAUCAUGGACCAAGAGCGACGACGAAUCGAAGAGUUGAGACGUCGAGCGGCUGACGAGGGCAAGGCCAUGUGGGAAGCGGAGCGCCGUCUACGGGAGGCCAACUGCAAGAGCUUCAACUCCAUCGAGUCGGAGGAUUCCAGUGUCUCCUCCAGCUGCGACACGCCUUCAGAAAAGGAAACAAGCCUUAGCGGAGGGGAAGAUAACCUGGAGAAGCUGGCGGAGUUGGAGAGGCUGUUGGCGCAGGCGCAGACAGAAAAAGUAAAGCUGGUGGAGGAGCAGGUCCGUUUGCGGGAGUCGGAGAUGGAGGCACUCACCAAAGAGCGUCAACGGAGCGAAGCUUUGGAGAGAGAGCUGCAAGCGGUCAAACUUCGAGAAAAAACUAUGCAACAGGCGAGGCCCCUGACGCGUUUCCUGCCCAACACCAGUCAGGACUUUGACCUGCGGCAGCACAUCGAGCGCAGCGGCCACCACCUGGACAUGUGUCCGCACGUCAUCGUCACCACCCACUCGUGUCGCGGCUUCCUGCACAAGAUGGGCGGCCGCAUCAAGACCUGGAAGAAGCGCUGGUUCGUCUUUGAUCGCAUGAAGCGCAAGGUGAUGUACUUCUCAGACAAAACCGAGAGCAAAUUAAAAGGGAUGGUGUGCUUUCAGGCCAUUGAGGAAGUUUAUGUCGAUCACCUGCGUACAGUGAAAAGCCCAAACCCAAAGCUGACCUUCUGCAUGAAGACAUUUGACAGGACUUACUUCCUGGUGGCGCCCACCCCAGAGACAAUGACCAUUUGGAUAGAUGUUCUCUUCACAGGAGCAGAGGGCUAUCAGCAGUUCUAUACAUGAGAACUAGAGAGUGGGAAGUGGCUGUGGGACUAAACUGUUUGUGGUUGAGUCACAAUCUGGUCAACAAAAUGGUCGCAAUGCCUCCAGCAGGUCUUCUCAGCAAGCACGUCCUCAUUUUUUUACCUUUGAAAAAGCGGAAAGCGCAAGCCUGGUGGGAGAUUAUGUUGGUUACAACAGGAAUACUGGGAUAAGACACUUGCUCCAUAGUUUUUAUUGUUUUGUUUAAAGAAUGCAUUAACAAAUGCGAAGAAUAGGCAAUGGAACCAUCCUUUUCACAGUGUUAGUCUAAAAAUAUGCAAAGAGAAGUGAAAACAAAUUCAUAGUUGCAAAUGAAGGAAACAAUGUAUAUAAAAACAUAUAUCUGAAUUAAUUAUCUUGAUCAUCGUUAGAGAAAUAUUGGUGCAGUGGCAUUUAGUUGUAAGGUUUUGCAGACUACUAUUACCUAAGAUACAGUUCAUGCAAACGUGUCUUUGACACCGGGUGUCGUGGCCCACCCGUGCACCUCCGUCGUUUCAAACUGCUGUUGGUACUGUUGUCGCCUCGUGGACCUCGUCACCAACCUGCGACCUGACCAUCCAUACCUUACAUCCUGUGCCUAACAGUGCUGCCCUCACUGGAGUACCUGGAGCAGCGAGGAUCCAGUGUUGCUGAGUGUGGCUGCUGUGUGUGUGAACCGUGGUGAUGACAAUUGUUUGCCCGACAGUGAUGGACUGGGGUCAGAGGGCAGCACAAGUCAAGAGCUUUACAAUGUGUGAUGGCGGUGUUUACGAUAUGCCGUAUGUGGAUUGUGAAUAUGUCACGACAUUAUGUCAGAGCAUAUGAGGUGAAAUUUUAUUUUGCAGACUGAAUAUGGGGCAAUUUUUUUUAAGUUUUGAAUGUGAAGAUUUCAAUUUCAGUAGAUUGGCUUACACACUUGCCAUUAGUAUCAAGAUAUAUUUUGACCACAAACUUGAUGUGAAAUAUUACUUAAGUGCUUCUGUUAUUUAAAAUAAGUAUUUGUACACAGGAAGACAACCAUAGUAAAGAAAGAAUAAAGACUGCAAAGUACAGCGGACAUUAAAAAGGAUAAAAAUAAAUCGUGUCUUAAAAAAAAAUGAAAUGAAAAUACGAAUACUGAUUUUAUUUUCGGCGUUUUUUCUUUUUACUUAUUUUACUCUAACAUUCAGAUUGCAUGUAGCAAAUGUAAUCAAAUGUUAAGGUAAUGGUAAUGAAGGGUUAUGUUUAAUGUUUCAGGCUCUAGAAAUAAAACUUUUUUAGUGUCAGUUAACGGGAGGUUGGUAUUAUGCAAGAUCAACUGUUUGAUGCAUCAGUUGUUUCCAGUUUAUGCCUCAUUAAUCAGACCUUAUUUGGAUGUCAUUGCAAGAGAAACUAUUACCGACCGUAAUAUCGCAGCCCUUGUUGAGCUUGUCAACCGGAAGAACAGAGACAAAGUGGUCCUGACAAUUAGAAUGUUCAGAUGUCAGCAUUGCACAAGCAAAGGUCAGAGAGCGCAGUGCUCUGGUAAUGAAAGCGAGGCUGUGAGAAAAAAUAGUCCAACAUAUUGCUGCCAGCUUUGGAUGCAGUUGAGAAAUGGUUUAGUGAUGCGUUUUGAAAACCUCUGUAAAUGUCCUUUGACCUGAAGCGCUGUUUGGCGAAUGAGGGACUGGGAGAGCUAGUAGGAUGAUUACAAUGUUGUUAUAGGAGGAAUGUAGCAGAAUCAAGUAGCUUUGAUGUUCAGACUACUGGUGAACCAUUCGUCUGUCCUUUGGUCACAGUGAAAGCCUUGGCCUUCAUCAUUCUGCAUUUAUAUUGACGGGAACACCACUGGUUUAUCUGUAAUCGGUGGGUGAUGAAAAUGAGAGAAACUUGUUCAUGCUUGUGGUGUUGUGAGAGUGAAUAUACUACUGCGAGUGUUUGUGAGUGUUUGGACAUGUGUAUCGAAUAUGAAUGGUAUAUUAGUUCCACUGGCCAGUCUGAUUGUAUGCAAGCAUGCUUGGUACCAUUGACAUUCUUGUUUUUUUUUCUUUUGAAAUAGUGUGUUCUUGAUGACCUAUUCCUUGUUUCUCAGUCGUCAGCCUUUUGGACACAAAAUUAUCCAUUCAAUUGCUGAAGAUUUCUAAAGGUCUUGUUAAAUAAAAUUGAAGGUUUGUGUACGUUCCAUUGAGUUCUUAAACGAGGGAACUAAACAUUGCAGCGAUUUUUAUAAAAUGACAUAUAGCUCAGUUCUCGUGAUUUUUGUCCUAUGUUUCUUGUCGUAUUUUCGUUUUCAUCAUAUAUCAUUCUAUAUCACUUUUCGGAAAAUAUACGUAAAGAAAAAUUUAACCGAAAAAUACAGCAGUCCACUUUUUUUAUGUUCAACUUUUUUGUGAAUUAAAAGACUUGAAAAAUAAACUAGGGAUUCAUAACAGUGAAAUUUUUAAUUUACACUUCACUUAGGAUGAACUUACAAGUAUUUUUUCAAAUCACUAUAGAGGUCCAAGUAAACAUUUUAGAAGCUUUAAGCUAACUUUGUUAUUUUGUGUGGCCAGUUGGUAGCCAACCUUCCCGUACCAGCCAGCAAGAGGACUGGCAUUGAUUAUCGCACUACAGGUUAAUGUGAACAUCACACAAUCAUUCAUUCCUGUCAUUUGAAAUCGUUUUUGUUCUGCUCUGUUGGCACCCCUAUAGAUUUUUCGAUCUCUCAACCUGGUUUUAAACUUAACGUGUACCUGGUGUUUGUUCGGAAGGAAUAACAGCUUUGCCAAAUGUAUAUUCAGAUAUUUUCUCUCACCAAGAUGAGACCAGAUACGAUUCACAGUUCAGAUGUAGUCAUUAUUUCAGUAUUUUGUGCAUUUUUAGAUGUUUAAUUUGAAGCAAUUCGCACAUGAGCUUCUGGCAGAUAAAAUGAUAAUAAAAAAGCACAACGACUGUCAUUCACCUGUCACAAAUGUAGAAGUAUUGUCAGAGAAUUUUAACAGAUCUCAGUUUAAGAAAAGAAUUUUAUUUCGGAAUCGUAUUGAGCUUUCAGUGACUCGAAACUACUUCCACAUAAAACAUGGGACUGGCAGCUGAGAAAAGCAUUUUAAUGACUUUUUAAUUUGGUUGUUUUUUUAUGUUGUUUUUUUUUUCAAUGAAAACGUUCUAUUAUCCUAAUUUUGUAAAUUGAAGAUGUAUGUUUCUGCUUAUUUAAAAUAUUAAGAUAUGGAAUGAAUUGUUUUUAAUGGACGAUAUCUUUCUUUCAUUAAGUGGCAUUUGUUUUAAAGUUUUAUUUCCAGUUCUGCGCUUGUUGAAUGCAUGCUGAAAAAAACUGAUAUAUUUGCAUUUAUUACAAUUUAUAUUUUUAAUUAUUAGGUUUUUACCUUUGUACACGUUUUACUGCUUUCAUUUUUACAUGGCUUAUGCUCAGUAUGGUCCGAAGUCACAUACACCUGCUUCAGUUAACGAAGAACGAGUAUGUGUUUGUGUUUCAUAUUUUGUAGGCUGUCGAAUGUAGGCUUCUAAAAUUAUUGAGAUUCCUUUCUCUCUUUCUUUAUUUCUUUCUUUCAACUGCCAAACUUGUAACGCCUUUUGUUUGGAGAAAACUCAUUAGGAAGAGUACAGUAGACCCGUUGUGAGGGAGAGCCCUCGCUUCUUUGCGGAGGAUGCUGUAGGCUCAUUAUCAGUAGUUUGUUAGAACACUGUACACUCAUUAUCCAAGCUGUUGCCCUGGCUUCGUGUGGAGAAGCUGGAGAUUCCUUCCCGAGCUUUGUCAUCCGUCCCUCCCAGCACCUGCGCUCCGACAGUCGUUCUCGUAUUUUCUCGCGGCGCGCGUGAAGUUGUGGAGAUCUCCUUUCCUGGCAUUUCCUGCCUGGUUCCUGACCUGGCGGUGUUCACACAACAAGACUAGAUUGAUGAACCACUCAGUCACUGCUAGUGCUUCCGGGCCUCACCAUUGGCGCUGCUUUUGUCUACGGUUGCCAUGGAGCCCUUUAGUCUCAGCGAUAAUCACAAAGAAAAUGGAACGAACGUCCAUGGUCUGUGAUGUUGCCUGGACAUGCUGAGGUUUAUUUGUUCAGAAGUUUUUCAACAAGAGUAGGACAGUAGUUCACAACAACCGCUUUGUACAGUAUACAAUUUGCUUUUAUGUCCAAGGGGUAGUUGAGCACGUGACAUUGAUAGUGUUUUCACGAGCGCGUUCUGGAUGAAGAAAACAAAACAAAACAACCAACAAAACAAACUUCAAGCCUUGUCAUUAUAAUCACAGUCUAUGCUCGUGCACAUGCACCAAAAGUUUCAUCACAUUGAACUAGUCUCCUGCUCGUUUCCACAAAAACUUACUGCAACCGUGAUACAUUAAGCGCCUUGCAGGCUGUGCGAGCAGAAUGAUAUACAUCACGUGACCAAACCAAAAAAAUGUUUCAGUUACCGCAGUUCUUGCACCUGUAAACUUUCUUUUUAUUCUGGACUUGAAAGACGCAGAGAGUCAUUACCAGCUGCCGCCUUUGUUUUACAGCUUGUGUGAUAAAUGUGCGGGCUUAUGUUUUGACGAAUAUGUCAGCUGGUGUAAGGCAUGUGUCCAAGACUAUUUAUGGAAAAAAGUAUAUUAAACCAUUUUUUUUUUUUAAUCAGAAGGGUGUGAUGAAUGCAUCUGAAAUUUAUACUCGAAAGCUGGAGACAGACGGUUUUACAAACAUUCUAUGGCAUGUACAAGUUUGAGAGUGCUCAGACGUUUUUUAAUUAUUCUUCAGACAUGUACAUGCAAAGCACGCAUGUCCAAAUAAAGAUAUAUAAGUAUGUAAA